CCUCCGUCCAGCUCUGUCAUGCACUGUCCACCUUCUUCCCUGAGACAGGGUUUGUCAUGCCUGGAGCUAUGGUGGUGGCCAUCCCCCUGUCUCCGACACCACAGCAAUGGAGCCAUCCAGCUUCUUCAUUUGUAACUGGGAUGGCAUCUCAGGGGCUCAGCGAGUGCUCUACCCUGAGCCUCGCCCCCAGCCUCUCACAGAGAGCUGUGUGGCACACCUUGGUUUCUUCUGUCAACCCUCUGCCUCGUCCUCCACAUCACGCCUGCUCUCUCUUCGUGUUUCCAUUUCCGAAGUCUUGUUUCCUCACUCAGGCCUCUCCCAGCCAUGUUGGCAGCCCGAGAGGCCUGCUCUGCGUGGUGUUUCAGGAGCUGCAGACGCUCUGGGUCUGAGGCUCGGGGAGAGACAUCUGAGCAGAGAACUUGGCGUGCUUCAGGGGAACCGGCUCCGUCUGCACAGAACAGCGCCGUGUUCACUCUCAGUUCCACCCCGUGCAGCAGCCACGCUGGCAACAGACGGAUAAACAGAGGCACCGGGCGCAGGGCACAAGUGGAUCCGGAGCGUGCUGGGGAGCUGAGGAUGCCACUAGAGCCAGGGAUGGAGGAAGGGCUCCCCGAUUACCCGCUCCGGCUUGAGGAGUUCUUUCCAGAACCCCCAGGCUGAGCCUGUGGGUCCCAGGGAUUGAACUCGAGCUGUGUGGCAAGCGCCCGCACCGGCCCAGCCUCGCAGGCCCCCACCGCGUAGCUUUGGAGCGGGACAUCAAUACAAGGCGGUUUUCAGAGGAAGUGUGAGCACGCCCAGUGCGGGGUGGGGUCCCCAGGAGAGGGCUGCUUUCAGCUCAUCAGGACGGGGUGGCUCGGAGGUUCUGCGUUUUCUCCCUCCGGUGGGAAAAAGAGCACAUUGCUCGGUGUUUUUUCCGAGGUUAAAGGUUGGGGUGGAGUGGAAACUGAAGCCUGAAGUGUGUGCUGGAUGCAGCAGGUCCCGGCCGGGCAGGCCCAGGCGGUUCCGAGGACAGGCGUGCCCAGCAGCCUCGAGGGCCCCCUCUGCCCACCCAGGUCCCCGGCAGCUCUCCUCCCUUCCUGCCCGCCCGUCACCAGGCUCCCACGCCCGCAGGGUGGCCCCAGCUUCGCAGGUUUCUGGUCUCCCACCCGCCCCGCCCCCAGGGCGCCCUGACUUUCGGUAAAUGAGGCGGCCAGGAAGCUCGGGGGCCGCACAGGAAGGAGCGGGGACUUUCCUGUCGCGGCGCCGGCUGCCGCCGCCUCGGCGCGGCCUCAGGUUACAGUCAUGGCACCUCCAAGUGAGGAGACACCUCUGAUCCCUCAGCGCUCCUGCAGCCUCUCAUCCUCAGAGGCAGGAUCCCUGCAUGUCCUCCUUCCUCCCCGGGGAUCUGGGCCUCCCCAGCGACUGUCAUUCUCUUUUGGGGACUACUUGGCAGAGGAUCUGUGUGUGCAGGCAGCCAAGGCCUGUGGCAUCCUGCCUGUCUAUCACUCGCUCUUCGCUCUGGCCACCGAGGACUUGUCUUGCUGGUUCCCUCCAAGUCACAUCUUCUCCGUGGAGGACGUGGACACUCAAGUCUUGGUCUACAGGCUCCGCUUUUAUUUCCCUGGCUGGUUUGGGCUGGAGACAUGUCACCGCUUUGGGCUGCGCAAAGAUUUGACCAGCGCCAUUCUCGACUUGCAUGUUUUAGAACACCUCUUCGCCCAGCACCGCAGUGACCUGGUGAGUGGGCGCCUCCCCGUGGGCCUCAGCCUGAAGGAGCAGGGAGAGUGCCUGAGCCUGGCGGUGCUGGACCUGGCCCAGAUGGCCCGUGAGCAGGCCCAGCGGCCCGGCGAACUGCUCAAGACCGUCAGCUACAAGGCCUGCCUGCCGCCCGGCCUGCGCGACCUGAUCCAGGGGCUGAGCUUCGUGACGCGCAGGCGCAUCCGCAGGACGGUGCUCCAGGCGCUGCGCCGCGUGGUGGCCUGCCAGGCCGACCGCUACUCGCUCAUGGCCAAGUACAUCCUGGACCUGGAGCGGCUGCACCCGGCGGCCGCCGCCGAGACCUUCCGCGUGGGGCUCCCGGGUGCCCAGGAGGGGCCGGGGCUCCUGCGCGUCGAGGGCGGCGGCGGCGUCGCCUGGAGCCCCGGGGACCACGAGCUUUUCCAGACCUUCUGUGACUUUCCCGAAAUCGUGGACGUCAGCAUCAAGCAGGCCCCACGCGUGGGUCCGGCAGGGGAGCAGCGGCUGGUCACCAUCACCAGGAUGGACAGCCACAUCCUGGAAGCGGAGUUCCCGGGGCUGCCCGAGGCGCUGUCCUUCGUGGCCCUCGUAGAUGGCUACUUCCGCCUGACCUGCGACUCCAGGCAUUUCUUCUGCAAGGAGGUGGCGCCGCCAAGGCUGCUGGAGGAAGUGGCAGAGCUGUGCCACGGACCCAUCACGCUAGACUUCGCGGUCCACAAGCUGAAGGCCGCCGGCUCCCUCCCGGGCUCCUACAUUCUCCGCCGCAGCCCUCAGGACUAUGACAGCUUUCUCCUCACUGCCUGCGUGCAGACGCCCCUCGGCCCGGAUUACAAGGGCUGCCUCAUCCGCCGGGACCCCGCGGGGGCCUUCUCCCUGGCUGGCCUCAGCCAGCCGCACCGGAGCCUCCGGGAGCUGCUGGCAGCCUGCUGGCAGUCAGGCCUGCAUGUGGAUGGCGCCGCCCUGAACCUCACCUCCUGCUGCACCCCCAGACCCAAGGAAAAGUCCAAUUUGAUCGUGGUGAGAACCAGCUGCACCCCUGCCCCGGCCCCCGGCCGCGCCCCGUCCUGCUGCGCGCUAACGCAGCUGAGCUUCCACACAAUCCCUGCGGACAGCCUGGAGUGGCACGAGAACCUGGGCCACGGCUCCUUCACCAAGAUCUACCGGGGACGCCGGCGGGAGGCCGUGGACGGGGAGACACACGACACGGAAGUCCUGCUGAAGGUCAUGGACGCCAGGCACCGGAACUGCAUGGAGUCCUUUCUGGAGGCCGCGAGCUUGAUGAGCCAAGUAUCCUACCCGCACCUGGUGCUGCUGCAUGGCGUCUGCAUGGCUGGAGACAGCAUCAUGGUGCAGGAAUUUGUCUACCUGGGAGCGAUUGACACGUACCUGCGCAAGCGCGGCCGCCUGGUGCCGGCCAGCUGGAAGCUGCAGGUCAUCAAGCAGCUGGCCUACGCCCUCAACUAUUUGGAGGACAAAGGCCUCCCUCACGGCAACGUCUCGGCGCGGAAGGUGCUCUUGGCCCGCGAGGGGGCUGACGGGAGUCCUCCCUUCAUCAAGCUGAGUGACCCUGGUGUCAGCCCCACGGUGCUGAGCCUGGAGAUGCUCACCGACAGGAUCCCCUGGGUGGCCCCCGAGUGUCUGCAGGAAGCCCGCGCGCUCGGCCUGGAGGCCGACAAGUGGGGCUUCGGCGCCACCGCGUGGGAGGUGUUCAGCGGGGGACCCGUGCACAUCACCUCGCUGGAGCCGGCCAAGAAGCUGAAGUUCUACGAGGACCGCGGGCAGCUGCCGGCCCCCAAGUGGACGGAGCUGGCGGCGCUCAUCGCGCAGUGCAUGGCCUACGACCCGGGCCGGCGGCCCUCCUUCCGCGCCGUGCUCAGGGACCUCAACGGCCUCAUUACGUCAGAUUAUGAGCUCCUCUCGGACCCGACGCCCGGCAGCCUGAGUCCCCGAGAGGAGCUGUGCAGUGGCGUCCAGCUCCACGCCUGCCAGGACCCCACCAUCUUCGAGGAGAGGCACCUGAAGUACAUCUCGCUGCUGGGCAAGGGCAACUUCGGCAGUGUGGAGCUGUGCCGCUAUGACCCGCUGGGGGACAAUACAGGACCGCUAGUGGCAGUGAAGCAGCUACAGCACAGCGGGCCAGACCAGCAGAGGGACUUCCAGCGCGAGAUUCAGAUCCUCAAGGCGCUGCACAGUGACUUCAUCGUCAAGUACCGGGGAGUUAGCUACGGGCCGGGUCGCCAGAGCCUGCGGCUGGUGAUGGAGUACCUGCCCAGCGGCUGCCUGCGGGACUUCCUGCAGCGCCACCCACCGCGCGCAGCCUGCACACCGGCCGCCUGCUGCUGUUCGCCCUGGCAGAUCUGCAAGGGCAUGGAGUACCUGGGCGCGCGCCGCUGCGUGCACCGCGACCUGGCUGCGCGAAACAUCCUGGUGGAGAGCGAGGCGCAUGUGAAGAUCGCCGACUUCGGCCUCGCCAAGCUGCUGCCGCUCGGGAAGGACUACUACGUGGUCCGCGAGCCGGGCCAGAGCCCCAUCUUCUGGUACGCCCCAGAAUCCCUGUCCGACAACAUCUUCUCCCGCCAGUCUGACGUGUGGAGCUUCGGCGUGGUGCUGUACGAGCUCUUCACCUACAGCGAAAAGAGCUGCAGCCCCUCGGCCGAGUUCCUGCGCAUGAUGGGGCCGGAGCGUGAAGGGCCAGCCCUCUGCCGCCUUCUGGAGCUGCUGGCCGAGGGCCGCCGCCUCCCGCCACCUCCCUCCUGCCCCAUCGAGGUUCAGGAGCUCAUGCAGCUGUGCUGGGCGCCCAGCCCGCAGGACCGGCCGGCCUUCAGCGCCCUGAGCCCGCAGCUGGACGCGCUGUGGCGUGGAAACCCGGGAUAGCAGUGCGGGGAGCGCCGACCUCAGCGGGGAGCUGUCCGCCUCUGGGCCCCACCCCCACAGGCCCUCAUCCCCGCCCCCCGCCCACCCUUCCCACCCCUCCUUCCAGGAGGGGAUCUUAAAUGUGACCCAGGCUCUGCUUCCCUGGCACAGCCGCCUCCCAACACCGCUCCACCUCGGCCACCCUUGCUCCUGAAGCUGACGGUGUCUGUGUCAGUCCCCACCUCCCCACCCCGAGGGCUCCUGGGGCAGUGAAACCUCAGCCCAGCCUCCUUACAGGUUGGCUCUGGGAGUGUUUGUUGAGUGAAUAAAUGAAUUCAAU